AUGCUGGCAGCUACCGCCUUUCUGACCCCGAUGAAAGACAUCUUCCAGUUUCUUGAGGACACCACCAUGGUGAAGAUAACCCAUGCCAUGGGUGUCGGCGACUUCUCCGCUGUGAGGUCUAUAUUCCUGCUGGGUGUGUUUGGCGGCCUCGCCUGCGGCAUCGUGGGCGCCAGCUUAAUGACGCUGCUUGCAUACUGGCCCGCGGCCAUCGAAGUGCUUCUUGCCCCAGGUUCAGCGCAGGCACAGCUGGAGAAUCCGGGCUGCGACCUCCUCCCCUCUGCCACCGAGGUUGGAGAUGCGAAUGCUGAUGUGGCGGCCAAUGCAGGUCAGGCCUCAUGCCUCAUACAGCAGCGCGCAGAUACCGGCAAAGCCGUCAUCGAGCCGAGGGAUUCGCCUUUCUCUCCUGCACAGUGGCAGUGCAUCUCGCAAUAUGGUGCAAGCGUAGAUGCCGACCUUCCUGGUUUCUCCCGGCAUCUCGAGCAAAGACGCUUCGGAGGUACAGGCAAGGCCCGCUUGGAUGGCUCGGUCAUCUUGGGCGCAGGCUUUGGAACCACCGCGACGCGCUCCCUGGCAGCUUUUGCUCGCCAGCUCGGGCUCGAUGUGCACCACUGCAAGCAGGGGAAAAGAGAAGAAAUCCCAGAGUUCUGGAUGCGGCUGAUGAACAUCACGAGCAUGGUGGACCCUAAGGGCCUGGAUGGCUGCCUUUCCACCCUGGAUGUCGUGAACUUUUCCGAGGCCUUCGACCAGGGCAACGACCUACUCUUGGACACCCCGAUGGCGGAGCAUUUCCUUGACUUCUAUGCCGUGUCACCGCAGUCCAAGGUCAUCCUCACCAACCGCAAUGCAGUGGACUGGGUGAAAGCACGGCUGCAGUGGGAUGAGACCAUGGUCGCCCCGCUCCACAGCCCUUGCGGCAUGAAACUCGCCCCAAUGAGUCCGGAGAUGGCGGUCCGCCUCUACGAGGCGCACAAUCGGCUUGUGCGCUGCAUCGUGCCACCAGAGAAGCUGACUGAGAUCAACGUUUUCGAUGGUUCAACGCUUGAUGUUCCGGCAUUGUCAGAUUUCCUUGGCAAAGGGCGACCGGAGUUUCCGCCACUCUUCCCGCGCGUGAGCGAUCAGCGCUGGGGUGACGAGGCCAAGAAGGACUUCGCCAUUUGUAUCACGGGGCAAAUACGCCGGCUCGAGCUGAAGACGAAGGUCGAGCGCCUUAUUCGGCCUCUCAUGGAAAGCAACUUCCGGGUCGUUGUAGCUCUCGUCUUGGACCCACGUGCCACAGCUUCCUACAUCCACCGUGGUGCAGGAGAGUUGUUUGACGACUUCGUCGUGGUGGACGGCAAUUUCUCAAGCCUGCAGCAGGCAGCCGAGAUGUUCCCGAGCGGCAUCACGCUGCUUGGCGAUGCGUUCAUCCCGCAUGACUAUCCCGUGGAUGCGCGGUAUGUUGAGGACUUGUACAGUCAGUUACCUGAGAUGGGCUUUGGGUAUGCCAGCCACAGGGCGCAGUCACACAUGCGGCAGUGGGAGGCCCUAGAGCGCUGCGGCCAGCUCCUGAUCAGCCCCGUGAGUCACGCGAACUACACGUUGAGGUUGCGGGACGACAGUGCUGUCUUGGAGCCAUUCGUGCCACGCCUCGACUUGCUGGACGAAUCAGGGCUUUAUGCUCCGGCUUGUGGCAGCUUUGGUGGCGUCAACGACAAGUUUGCCUUGAUGGUGGGACGAGGAACAGCUCAGCAUUACUUUGCCCUUUCUCUGGACAUGGUGCGCCAUCGCUUCGAUGAGAUUCACCAGCUCAUGGUGUCGAGUGUACCGCGACGCUGCAACCCGGAGCAUGCACUAAAAAUUAUGUUGGACCUCAACCAGACGAAGAUCAAGACUCUCGAGCCUGAUGACGUACCCAUCGUGCCUUCGAAGAACCUUCGCCGAGACGGAAAGACAUAUCGAUGCAUCUACACCUUGAAUGACGAUUACAACGCCUGCAUUCCGGAUCGAAGUCGUGUACACAUCACGGAUGUUGAAGGAGGAUUCAGCGUCCGCAAAACAGGCUCGCAGCGUGCGCGGCCAGACUUCCUUUGUGACGGCACGGAGCUAGGCUUCUAG